CGCUCUCCCCUUUCCUCACUCUCUUUUCUACAACCAACAUGGCGGCUAAAUCGGACGGAGCAGCUGUGUCUGAGCAGGAUGAGAACCCGCCCCGAUGUCUCGGCGACCCCGAGCAGCGUCCCGCUCAGUACCGCUACGCCGGAAAGCCCUAUUCCUUACUGGACUGCUGCUGGGUGCUCUGCGCCAUCCUUGUCUUUUUCUCCGACGGAGCCACCGACCUGUGGCUAGCAGCGGACUAUUACCUUAGGCGGGACUACUGGUGGUUUGGGCUUACGCUCGUCUUCGUUGUGGUUCCUUCAACGGUGGUUCAGGUAUUGAGUUUCAGGUGGUUCGUCUAUGACUACUCAGAUUUCAGCCGCGACAGCGGCACAGUGGCGGCAGCGGCUGUCGGUGCGGCUACCGCGCCGUCUGGGGGCGACUGCAAUUUCAGCACCAAGGGCAGCGACCAGAGGGGGAUUGCCAAUUCCGCUACCGGCUCCUCACCGCCUGCGACAGGAACCCGAAGGUGCUGCAGGGUGUGCAUGUGGCUCUUUCAGUCCGUCCUCCAUAUCUUACAACUGGGCCAGGUCUGGAGGUAUGUCCAUGCCCUCUCUGGCGCCCAGAGCCGUUGGCAUGGCGAUGGCCAGAGACGUCACUUCCACUGGCGCCUGAUGUUCGAGAGUGCUGACAUCAACAUGCUCCGCCUCCUGGAGGCCUUCCUGAAGAGCGCUCCUCAGCUGGUGCUGCAACUCAGCAUCAUGAUCCACGGCAACCAGGUCCUCCCGCUCCAGGGUCUGUCCGCAUCAGCCUCUCUGGUCUCCCUAGCCUGGAUGAUUGCCUCCUACCAGAAGGUCCUGAGGGACUCGCGGGAUGACAAGCUGCCCAUGUCCUACAAGGCGGUCAUUGUCCAGAUGCUGUGGCACCUCUUCACCAUCGGGGCGCGCACCAUCGCCUUCGCCCUGUUUGCCUCCGUCUUCCAGCUCUACUUCGGCAUCUUCAUCGUGUCCCAUUGGUUCCUGAUGACCUUCUGGAUCAUCCAGGGAGAGACGGACUUCUGCAUGUCCAAGUGGGAGGAGAUCAUCUACAACAUGGUGGUGGGCAUCAUCUACAUCUUCUGCUGGUUCAACGUGAAGGAGGGCCAGGCCAGGGUGAGGAUGACGGUGUACUACUCCAUCACGCUGGUGGAGAACGCCGCCCUGACCUCGGCAUGGUACCUCUACCGAGGGCCGCACACCUCCGACUUCUACGCCCUGCUGCUGGUGUGCGUGGUGGUGAGCAGCUUUGCCCUGGGGACUUUCUUCAUGCUGGUGUACUACUGCCUGCUCCACCCUGACGGGCCCGUGCUGGGGGCCCAGUGGAGGUGUGUGGAGGAGGGGGUGGAGUCCUGCAUCACCCCCACCCCCACCUCCACACAGGCCCCUCCCCCCGACGUUAUCACCAGCCCCCCCAGGACCCUUAGCAGGACUGCGGGAGGGGGGACCGGGGCCAGUGCGGGGGCGGAUGUGGUGCCAGGGGACAGGGAAAGCUGUCUCCCUGUGUUCCAGGUGAGGCCAAGUGCCCCCCCUAUUCCAGCACCUCGGAUAUCCAGGACUGAGGGGCCGGUGAUCCGCAUCGACCUGCCCAGGAAGAGGUACCCUGCCUGGGAUGCUCACUUCAUCGACAGACGUCUGAGGAAGACCAUCCUGGUGCUGGAGACCACCUCCCCUGUCUCCCCCAGGAUCGUGUACCGCAGCAGCCUGGCAGGCAGUAAGGAGGUUAUGGAGUAUGAGACCACCGUGUAGUACUGCCCCCCAAUCCCCAGGACGCUUCACUGUCCCUCGCAGCCACGGAGAACCACGGAGGACAGAAGAAGAGUGCAGAGCAUAUGGGUGUGUCUAUCUAGAGAGACUUAUAGAGCCUGAGUGCAUGUGUAGAUGGGUCUAUGUGCACGGCAUUGGUUUGCUUGCAACAAAUAUCAGGUGCUCUGGAGGAGCCAAUGGUCAGGUGGUCUGGGCUUCUGGGGUUGUGACCUCAAUGUGACAUCAGCAGGCAGUGAUGUACUCUAGCUUGUACUCUGUCUCUGAGGGAAGAGGGGGUGGACAAAACUGUCUCAGCGCCUAUGAACAAAAACAACUUUGAAGAGACACCCUGAACCAUGUUGUCAUCGUAAUGAUGGUAAUAAUGUUGCUGAUAUGGUUAGAAGAUGGUGUUUUUGAGGAAAUUUACUGACACAUAAAAAUAGCCAUGAUGUCUCUGAAGUAGCAGUGAACACAGAGAAGAAGAUAAUGAAGACGGUGGUUAGGGGGAGGAGCACGAGGACAAUGACGAUGACGGUGCUAACGAUGAAGAUAAUGUAUAGUUAAUACUGUCUGGAUCUAUCAUCCGUUCAGUCCCACCGAGAUCAAAAAAGGUGUUGUCACGGUAACACGGACACAGUUCCGAAGUAGUGUUGAUAUGCUUGCUGCUGUAAUCAGUGGGGUUUAGAAGAACUUCAUCACCCAUCAUGCACUUCUUCAAACUAGUAUUUCAGUUUAUUUAUUUACUUUUUAUAUUUGAGUUUUUAUAUUGUUUAAUCGCUCAGUGGCCAUGUUUUGAUAUGAUUCUUAUUAAGAUGUAAUUAUUGUUAUAAUAUAUAUAUAUAUAUAUAUACAUUUUUUUCAUGAUGUGUAUACUAGAGUGAUGCUGUAGAUACUGGUGGGUGUGUGUUGUUGGUUUGUGCGUACAUACGUAUGGUCCAUGGGUCUCUUGGUUAGGCUGCUUCUCUUAUCUAUAAAGGUAAUAGUGCAGUAACAAGAAUCAGUCAAAUAUUAUACAAAGAAAAAAACUCAAGCUGUGAUGAUGAAAAUGUAGUUGGAAAAAUAAAUGCUCUA